AUGCCGAACCAGAUUCCCACCAAGCAGUGGUACAAGGACGACUACCUCAUCUCCACCGAUCGGUCGCUCCUCCAACUUGAUGCCAUCAACAACGCCUUCGACUCCGAGUUGCUGUGGUGGGCGAGGCGGGUGCCAGAGCACGUGCUGCAGAGAAUGAUUGACAACUCGUUAUGUCUCGGCGUAUACAAGCUCCCCCAAUCUACUGUCGAGAUUGCAGGUUCGUUGCUUCCUUCUGUGUCCCGGAAGAAAGGGCCGGAGCUCGUGGGCCUUGCGAGGGUCGUCACGGAUUACGUCUCAUUGGCCUAUCUGGCGGACGUGUACGUCUUGCAGGAGCAUCAAGGGAGGGGUCUUGCACCGUGGUUGAUGGAGUGCCUGAAUGAGAUGUUGGACGAAUGGCCGGAGCUGCGGCGCUUUCUUCUCUUGACGUCGUCGCCGCAAGCGAGCAAGUUAUACGAGAAGACACUGAGGACGACGGAGUGGGGCAAGUCGUACGAUGGGAAGCUGUAUCUGCUUGAGAGGCGAGGACCAGCCGUUCCUGAUGGGCCUGAGGAUGAUGAUAAUGAUGAUUAA